AUGGUCUCUUUCACUGCUCUGGCCCUUGCCUUCUUCUACGGAACCUCUACGGCGUUUGCGACGAGAGCGGGCCGCGGCUGUGGGACAAGCAUCAGUGCUGCGAAGAAGUUAGUGAAUGAAAAGCACUUCGCUGACCACCGCAAGCACGCCCCGGCUGGCCUCCUCAAGGCCGCCCCUCUCAAUGUCUACUGGACCCUCAUCUACACGAAUGAGACCACAGAGGGAGGUUACCUUCCAGACAAAUUCAUCGACGACCAGAUGCAGGUCCUUACUGACGACUUUGCGUCAUCUGGUCUCACCUUCGCCGUCCAAGACGUGAGGCGCAUUUACCACCCCGAGUGGUUCAGCAAGCUUGGUCCAUACGACACGAUAGAGAUGGAUACAGAAAUGAAGACGCUCUAUCGCCAGGGUGGUGCAGCAGAUAUUAACAUCUUCACCGUCGGGUUUGAGGUUGGCGAAGCUUCAGGUCUUCUCGGAUAUGCUACGCUGCCCGCUGACUACGAGGCCUUCCCGAUCGAUGACGGCGUCGUACUCGCGCACAUGUCGCUUCCAGGCGGGAGCUUCGCACCAUAUAACCUCGGCCGUACUUUGACCCACGAGGUUGGGCACUGGGUCGGACUGUACCACACCUUCGACGGCGGGUGCGAUGCCCCAGGCGAUGAAGUCGAGGACACCGCGCCCGAGGAAGAGCCGGCGUUUGGCUGCCCGGUUGGAAGAGAUACGUGCCCCGGAGGAGGCGCUGAUCCUAUCCACAAUUACAUGGACUACACGGUCGAUUCGUGCAUGGAUCACUUUACCCCCGGCCAAAUUACUCGCUUCAAAGAUCAGAUUGCGACCUACCGACAGAUCAUUGAUGUUGGAACUGAUGCUUGA